AUGAAAAGGGUUCGUUUGUUGUUCUUAUGUUGCAUCACAAUCUUGGCAACAAGUUUAAGUCAAAAUUUAGUUUCAGCACACGAGAUGGACGUGAGCUCGCCAAACACGAUUAAAGAUAUAGAGCCGUACAUCUCUAAUAGAGCAAUCGGGUUUGUGGUGAAGCUGGAGAACAAUUGUCCUAUAAGAGAACAACUAAGAUCAUUCUUUGAUAAGCUAAAGGAUCUCUUGAAGUUGGAGUCCUCUGUUACACCGUUGAUCGAGAACAACGAGCCCAAAACGUUCAAGUUCGAUCUGAAAUCGAAAGCCGAUACUCUCUUCCAAACGAUGAUUACGCUUGGGAGAGGACUGUUGAGUUCAAGUGUAAGGAAGGAGAUGUUCCAAGUGAUGAAAUCACUCACUGAGUUACAUGCUGCGAUCAGUAGAGUUAUUCUGGAGAAACAUAUAAAAGGGGAUGGAUCAAUGUCACUUUCGUUGGAUCAAAAGAAUGCAGUCGAAAAUGCCGUAUCUCAAUGGGAAGUGACGAUUACCCGAAUCGUGAAGAUUGUUGUGGAGAUUAAAUCGGGAGGCUCAAGCGUGGCUUCAGGGGAAGAGAGCAGUACUACUGAACAAAACAGUGCUUCUAUGAAUGGAACCAUGGUGCAGACCAAUGGAGGAAAUUCAGAAUCCAUGCAAGAAAAUCUUGAUGGUGUUAAAGGAAGCAAUGUAGAUUCAAGAAAUGAUGUUGAAGGAGGUAGUGAAAGUGAAAAUGUAGACUCUAAUAACGAGAAGCAAGUAGAGGUUCAAGGAAGAAGCAUUGGAAAUUCGACCAUUGAAAAGAAUUUGGAGAGCAAAGAGGAUGCUAACUCGGAGGUAGAGGCUAAAAACGAAGGAGUUUCAACGAUGGAUAGUAACUUGGAGAACAAAGGAAGUGGGGAAGAGUCGUCUAAAGAUGCAGACGACACUAAGGAAAAGAGGGAAGGCUCUCAAGAAAACAAUGAAGAAUCAGCCAAGGACGAGAACUUGAUGAAAAACGAAGAUAAUAAAGAAUUAAAAAACGUUGGAUCAGUAGAGACCAAGACAAAUCAUGAAGUUUCAAUGGAAGAAAAGCGAGAACAUACUCAAGGAAGCACUGAAGUUUCUAUGAAUGGAGAAACGAUGGAUACCAAAGGUGGAAAUGCAGAUUCUAAUGAAGAGAAGAAAAAUGAUUUUCAAGGAGUAAGUACUGGAAACUCGACAGAAGAUAAAAAUUUGGAGAAUAAAGAAGAUGUUAAGUCGGAAGUAAAGGAUGAUGAAAAUGAAAAAAAUUUGGCGAAGGAGAAGCAAGAAGAGGCUCAAGUGAACGAUGGAAAUUCAACAAAAGAUCAGAACAUGGAGAACGCUCACGAAGAGACUAAGGAUGGUCAAUCGGUAGAGGCUAUGGAAAAUAAUGGCGAUCAUAUGAAGGAAAAUACGGAAGAAGUUCAAGGAAACAAUGGAGAAUCAGUGAAUGAUGAUAACGUAGAGAAUAAACAAGAAUUGAAGGAAAAUGGAUCAGUAGAGGCCAGGACGCAUAAUGAAACUUCCAUGGAAGAAAAGAAACAAGGAGCUCAAGGAGAAGAGAGAAAUGUAGAUUCUAAUAAGGAAAACGGCGCAGAUGUUCAAGGAGAACAUUCUGAAAACUCGAGUAAGGAUACCAAUUUGGACAGUAAAGAAGAAGCUAAGUCGGAAGUAGAGGCCAGAGAAAAUGGUGGAAGUUCCAUUAAGGAGAAGGGAGAAGAUCAGGCUCAAGAGAAUGGAAAUAAUGGAGAGUCCACGAAAGUAGAAACUAAAGGAGGAAAGAAUGAGUCUAAGGACGAUAAGUCGUCAAAGGAUAAGGAAAAAGCUAGAAGUUCCAUGAAAGAAAAGGGAGAGAAGGCUCAAAGAAAUAGCGGAGAGUCUAAAGACGAUAACUCGGUAAAAGCUAAGGAAAAUGAGGGAAGUUCAAAGGAAGAAAACCAAGAAAAGGUUCAAGGAAACAAAAAGGAAUCUAAGAAGGUUGAUAACAAAGGAUAUAAGAAAGAGCUUAAAGACGAUAAAUCAUUGCAAGAUCAAGAUAAUAAGGAAAGUUUCAUGAAGGAAAACCGAGAAGAGACACAAAGAAGCAAUAAUGGGGACCAUAGUAAGAUAGAUGACAAAGAAGGUAAGAAAGAUUCUAAGGACAAGAAAUCAUUUGAGACUAAGGAAAAUAAUGAGAGUUCUAUGAAAGGAAAGCAACAAGAAUCCCAAGGAAAAGGUGGGGAGUAUACAAAGGUAGAGAAUAAAGAAGGUAAGAAAGAUUCCAAGGAUGAUAGAUCAAUGAAAACAACACUACAAGGAUAUCAACAAGAAGUGAUGAAGACUCUUACUAUCUUGCAAUCGGUUAUGAGCAAAGCCGUAUCUGAACAACAAAGCCAGAACGAUGGUUCCUUGACGCUUACGUCAUCACAACAACAAGCAAUUAAGGAUAUAAUUUUGAAAUGGGAACAAGUGAUGUCUCAGUUCGUGAAAGUUGCUACGGAGAGCGAGAAACAAUUUUCAAUGGAGACUUCAACUGGACACAGCUAUCAUAUAAAGAGUUCUACCUCCAGCUCUACCUCUACCUCUAGCUCGAAUUCAGGUCCGGGUUUAGAUUUCAAGCCCAACGAUGAAAGUUCGAAGAUGGUUGAUGACUUGAUGUAA